UAUCAGUAUUUUUGUUGUUAUAAAACUAACAAGUGGUAAGAAAUAACAAUAUUAUUGAAAUAAGUCUUCUUCACAGGUAGUAAAAUAUAGUCUAUAAUAACACUACUAGUUACUACACUGUUUAAUUCUUAAAUCUACAGCGCAUAAACUAUUUUAUGUAUUUUUUAUAAAAUACUCCUUCAAUAUGUCAGAUAAAGCGAUGCUCGUUCUGGGUGAAGCUUCUGAAUCCGAUGAUGAAGACUUUCAACAAGUUGAGAACACAAGAAAUGGAAUGGUCGAGAGUGACCACACAGAGUUUGAUACUGAUUCCAAAUAUCGAGCAAGCAAUUCAAUUAUUGUAGAAAAUAGAAAAAGUCGAGUGGGAAGAGAAAGUUUCGCCGGCCAUUCCGACAAUUUUAAAAUGUCUGAAGACACUUUACUGCAUAGAAAAUUAAAAGAGAAAAAUAUGCAGUUUUAUUCAAAUCUUACAACAUUCAACAAGCAAAUGUAUAUUAAUGCCAUGAAUCAAAUGAACGAAACGGACCAACAAUUAGUCAAAUCUCAAGUAUUACUUCAAGAUACUGUGACUAACUGGAAGUAUAUUGAACAAAACUUGUCGCACAUCAAACGUAAAAUGACUGAUAUACUGGCUGAGGAGUAUAUUCCAAAAAUUAAAAUUUGAAGCGUCUCUUUAUAGAAAAAAAACUUGUCAACAUAAAUGAAAUAAAAUAAUUGUUACUCUAUAAUUC